AUUUUCAUGCGUGCCCAAUUUGAUUACAAUCCAUGCGAAGACGAACUCAUACCCUGUGCUCAAGCCGGCAUCAUCUUCAAAACGGGUGACAUUUUGCAAGUGGUCAGUAAAGACGAUCAUAAUUGGUGGCAAGCAAGAAAAGAAGGAACUGAUUCGAUGGCCGGUCUCAUUCCUUCUCCGGAAUUACAAGAAUGGAGAAUAGCUUGUCUAGAAAUGAAAAGAUCUGGUAACAAUCAAGUGAAUUGCUCAAUGUUUAGUCGAAAAAAGAAACACUUUCGAGAUAAGUACUCAGUGAAACACAAUGCCGUAUUUGAUCAGUUAAAUUUAGUUACUUAUGAAGAAGUGGUAAAAUUACCAUCUUUCAAAAGGAAAUCUCUAGUUUUACUUGGUGCUCAUGGAGUUGGGAGACGACAUAUAAAAAACAUGCUUAUUAAUAAUCAUCCUGAGAAAUAUGCAUAUCCACUUCCAUAUACUACAAGAUAUCCAAGAAAAGGAGAAGAAAAUGGAAAGAACUAUUGUUUUGUUACUCACGAAAAAAUGAUGGCAGAUAUAUCUGCUAAUGAAUAUCUGGAAUAUGGAACACACGAAGAUGCAAUGUACGGAACAAAGUUAGAAUCCAUUAAACAGAUUCAUGCAAAUGGACAAAUGGCUGUCCUCGACGUGGAACCUCGGGCAUUAAAGAUACUCCGUACGGCGGAAUACGCCCCUUAUGUGGUGUUUAUAGAUGCUCCUUCUUUAACCAAUGUUGAAGAUACGGACGGAAGUCUUCAGCGGUUGGCAAUAGAGAGCGAUAUUCUAAAACAGGCGUACCGACAUUUCUUCGACCUGAUCAUCGUCAAUAACGAUAUCGAAGAAACGAUACUGACGCUGGAAAAGGCGUUAGACAACACCAACAACACACAGCAGUGGGUACCCGUCAAUUGGGUGUAUUGAUCUCUCCUCCAAACGUUUUCUUACCGGCACCUUUAAUGCGGAUAUACCAGUAUACCCCCCCUAUAACACUGUAGAUAAGUCCGUGUUAUAUGAAUUCCAUGUUGUACGAGUCACUUAGAUUUUACAAAUACGUGAGCCGUUCACAGCCCAGCACACGUAUUUGUAAAAUCUAAGUGACUCGUACAAGAUGGAAUUCAUAUAACACGGAAUUAUCUAGUGUUAUAGGGGGGUCUACUGGUACUGUAUCUAACGUUGAUCGAUUCGUAUAUAUUUCGAUUGCAGUGUUUUAUCUUUAUAAAAGAAAAGAAGCAAAAAUGUUAUUCAUAUUUGUGUAAUAAAAAUUGUUAAAUUUUGAAAGAAAUAUCAUG